ACUCGGGGUCUCCAUGCUCUGCUUCCAGUUAUUGUAGGUCACUUCAGUAGUUUGGCGGUGAAAGAUGACAGGUGACACGUUCAGCCCGCGGCAUCCAGAGAGGGACAGCUGCCCAUACCGUGCGCGCUUUCAGGACGCGUGUGGAACGAAGGGGGCUUCGGUCCGGUGGGAUACUAUAGGGGAGGCCCUGGUGGUGGUGGAGGCUGCUGCUGCUGCCACUGCCGCUUGUUUUCCCUCCUGCCGGUGACUUCCAGCUCCCGGUCCUGGGGCAGAGAUACGCUUGUAUGUGUGACAAUGGCGCUCUGUGAGCAGGCAGCCAACACGACUGGUGAACUCGGGCAGGCAGCCGAGGGUCUGAGCCUGGACGACAGGGUCCCGCCGUUUGAGGCGGCCGAGUUUGGGGACGACGUGGCACGGCAACCGGCAGGGCCGGUAGCGACCGCAGCCAUGGCCACGGCCAGGCCCUCGAUCAGGAGGGUCUCCGGCACCGACUCUAAAGGUGUGGAUAGCAGGGAGGGGCGAGGUAGUAGGGAGUGGCCCGCUCAGGGGAGCCCUCAGGCGGGUGCACCAUCACCAAGCACACCCUCUCUGGAGGUUACGGAGCAGCUGAGAGUCCGGGUUGUGAAGAGGCCUCCACAACAGCAUCAGAGGGGGGCUGUCCCAGACAGGGCUGGUUCAUCCUCUUCAGGUGGUGCCCUGCGGGCCUCCACGCUUCCAGUCUCCAGACGGGCCUUGUCAUCUUCGCCGUGUCCCGCGGCCCCUCACCGCUCCAGGGCCGAGCGCUGGCACAGAGCCCCUGGCCCCAUGGAGCAGCCGGCAGCUGGGGCUCUCUCCCUGGGUGGCCCCUCCUCCUCACUCGGCGUGAGUCGGCGGGGUCCCGCCGUCACCCACUGGAACCGCGUGGUGUCUCUCAGCAACUCCGAGCUCAGAGAGGAGGAGGAAGAGGAGGAGGAGGAAGAGGAGGAGGAAGAGGGUGAACGAGAGGAGGAAGAGGGCGAGGAAGAAGAAGAGGAGGAAGAGGAAGAGGGGGAGGAAGAAAGCGCCACACAGCAUCAGCCACACCAUCAAGAACAACAACACCAUCAGCAUCUCCAGGUCCAGCCGCAGGAGCCAGCGGGCCAAGCGUCUCCACUGCAGGGAUCCCGCGCGGCUCUUCCGGCAUUGGCCACUUCGUCUCCUUUCUCCGUUCCUCCCGCGGCGGUGGCGGAGCGUCGCCUGAGCAAGAGGGAGCGGAACCGCAUCAAGAGCCUGAGGCGGCGCCAGCGGCGACGGGAACGCUGGAGACAGAGCCAGCUGCAGGAGCAGGUGCAGAGCUCCACAGGGAACCCCUCCAGCAGCAGUGAGGAUGAGGCCACACACACCAGGGACCGUGAGGGUUAUAUCUGUGCCGUGUGUCUGGAUGUGUACUUCAGCCCGUACAUGUGCCACCCCUGCAACCACAUCUUCUGCGAGCCGUGCCUGCGCACGCUGGCCAAAAACAGCCCCACCAACACCCCCUGUCCUCUCUGCAGGACCAUCAUAUCCCACGUCUUCUUCCAGAAGGAACUAAACCAAACAGCCCGGACCUUCUUCCCAAAGGAGUACUUAUUACGGAAGCAGACCUUCCAGAAGGCCACCUGUGCCAAGUGGCCUCUCCCCAGCUGCAGGAAAAUCUUCAGGAUUUUGGGCGGGUUCCAGAGACAGGCCAGCCCAAUUGGCAGGCGUCAGUUUCCUCAUGGCGGCUACCGUCUCGAUGCGCUGGACUUUGAGGAUGAUUCACGCGGCUGGCGUUUCGACAUGGACAUGGUCAUCAUCUACAUCUACUCUGUCAACUGGGUCAUCGGCUUCAUCGUCUUCUGCUUCCUCUGCUACUUCUUCUUUCCAUCCUCCUAAAGCCGGGCACACACUGUGCAUUUUUUUUUUUGGGCCAUUUCAAAUAUCGGCAAAAUUAGCAAGUACAUUUAGGAUGCUAAAAACUGCCAUUGACAUAACUUUGAAAAUGCAUCUGUUUAGGCUACAUUAACUUGAUUCUGAGUAAAAUGUCUUUGCACAUGUAUAAAACAAACCCAUAUUUGUUUGAUUAUAACAAACUAAUCUUUUAUUGACUUAAGGA